CGGAGAGCUGGUUGUUUGGAUAGGCGUACUAGCGGAUGCCAGAGCGGGCUCAUCAUGGCUCUGUCGAGAGCUCUCAGAUGUUGUCAGAGGAUUUUCUCCUGGAUUCCUGUUAUUAUCAUCUCAUCUGUGGUUCUCUGGUCUUAUUACGCGUAUGUCUUUGAACUGUGCUUCGUGACCCUCAGUAAUCAUCUGGAGAGAGUGGUGUAUUUGUUGAUGUUUCACGUGUGCUUUAUAAUGUUCUGUUGGACCUAUUGGAAGGCCAUCUUUACUCCACCAUCUACACCGUCUAAAAAGUUCCAUUUAUCAUACAGUGACAAGGAGAGGUAUGAGAUGGAAGAAAGGCCAGAUGUUCAGAAGCAGAUCCUCGCAGAAAUCGCCAAGAAACUUCCCAUCUUCACGCGCGCUCAGUCAGGAGCUAUCAGGUUCUGUGAUCGCUGUCAGGUGAUAAAGCCAGACCGCUGUCACCACUGCUCCGUCUGUGAAACAUGCAUUUUGAAAAUGGAUCACCAUUGUCCAUGGGUGAACAACUGUGUGGGAUUCUCCAACUAUAAGUUCUUUCUGCUGUUCCUGUCUUACUCUAUGAUCUACUGCGUGUUCAUUGCAUCGACAGUGUUUCAGUACUUCCUCAAGUUCUGGGUGGGAGAUCUUCCCAAUGGCCCUGCAAAAUUCCACGUGCUCUUCCUGUUGUUUGUGGCACUCAUGUUUUUUGUCAGUCUCAUGUUCCUGUUUGGCUACCACUGUUGGUUGGUGGCUAAAAACAGAUCCACGCUAGAGGCGUUUUCUGCGCCAGUGUUUCAGAACGGGCCUGACAGGAACGGCUUUAAUGUUGGGCUCAGCAGAAACCUCCGGCAGGUGUUUGGAGAGGACAAAAAGCUCUGGUUUAUUCCAGUGUUCACAAGUCAGGGUGACGGGCAUUAUUUCCCACUGAGGACCCUGCGUGAAUCAGAGAAUCCUUUAUUGGCCAACGAGGGGAAAUGGAUGGAGGACGGUGGAUCAGACGAAGAAAGCGCAGAUGAAAAUGGACCUGCAGUCAUUAUUAGGACGGAAUCAUAAUCACCGGAGCGGACGGAUACUUGUGGGAUCCUGCAUCAUGAGCUGUUUAAGAAAGCACCAAUCCCUGAAUGAGACGACUGCAUUCCAAAUCCUGGACCGUUCCAGAAAAGCCUGUUUUUAGAGAGCCAAAUAUAUUGGGAACAGUGAGGAGUUUCCUGUAAUGCUGAGAAAUACUUAGAACUUGCGCUGAAUGUUGUCAAGUAUAUCGCUCAUCUUUUGUGAAAAGGAGAGCCACAGGACAAUCACUGGCAUUUUCAGAUGUCAUAGACCUGUUGGACUGUUUAUUAUCAUGCUUUUAUGAGAACAGAUGGACACAUCUCUGAUCAAAUAUGAUAUACCAGUAUCUAGUUGGAGGAAUUUCUAGGAUGUUUCUGAUAGCUGUUACUUUUUAUUUUUUCUUCUUCACAUAGUGGGAUAAGUCUUUAUACACCAACAUGUCCAGA